CUAUGACGCAGUGCGCAAUCGGAAUCUAGAAUGCGGCGUCACUAGCUUACUGUUGGAAAUGUAAAUACCCAACAGCAUCCUCUGCAUAUCCUCAUUCAAUCAAAAAAUACUUGCUUCUUCGAGCUCCAAAACACAAUUCAUACACCUCAUCAAAACCCCUCAAAAUGUUAGCUUCAAGAACAGCAAGCAGAGCAGCAGCCCGAACCCUCCGCACAACAAGACCAGCACAAAAAUCAAAUCAAUUCCGUCAUGCAUCAACGAAUCAGCAAGCCGCCGCAGCAGGCGGUUCAUCAGGUCUCGUCGGAGGACUCGCAGGAGGAGCCUUGGUCUUCACAGUCAGUAAUUCCCUUUCUCAGCCCCUCCUUCCAGCUCAACACUAACUCCCCACUAGGCCGGAUACUCAUACUACCACUUCUCGGGCGCCAAAUCCAUGGUCAACGCUGCGCACAACACAAAAGCCAAAUUCCAAUCCCUCAGCAAAUCCAUUGAAUCAUCAGCCCCAGAGCCAAACGAAGCGCUGAAACGGCUGCGGAGUACCGCUACCUCGUAUGCGGCUUUCAUCCCUGGUGGGAAAGGAUAUGUGGAUACGCUGUUCAAGGAUCUCGAAGCGGUGCAGGAAAAACAUGGGGGUGAGGUGGAGAAGGUUGUUAAUGAGGCCUAUUCUGAGCUCAAGGAAGCUACGAAGAAGGGUAUGAGUAUGGAGAGUGUUUCCCAGGCUUGGGAGGUUAUCGAGAAGGCGGCGAGUCGGCUGCGAGAUUUGGCGGGUGAUAGUGCGGAGCAGAUCUUGGAUAACCAUCCCCAGUUGAAGGAGAAGUUUGGUGGACAGAUCGACCAAUUGAAGAGCAUGUCCGAAAACCUAGGACCGGAUGCGAAGAAAGAAAUCGAUGAGGUUUGGGGUACUGUCAGCGAUGCUGUCAAAGGAGGCAUGAGCGCCGAUAGCAUAAAUAGGGUCCGCAAAAUCUUGCAGGACAAGAUGGAAAAGGUCAAAAAGCUCGGUGACGAAGCCUGGAAGAAGAGUCUCGAACAGAUGAAGCCUUACCUGGACAAAAGCCCGGAAAUCAAGAAGGUCGUUGAAGAGAACGCCGAUUCGCUGAAGAAUGGAAAUAUCAAGGAAACAUUCGAGCAGGUCAAGAACGCUGCCAGCUCAGGCAGCGUCGAGGACCUGAAAAAGUACGUCAAAGAUGCCGGAGAGAAGGCCAAGAAAAGUGGAACGGGACAGGGAAUUGAGAAAUAUGUCAAGAUGAUUCCUGGCGGCAGCGAGAUCUUCCCUAAGCUACGGAAGUUGCAAGAGGUUGCUGAGAAUCGUGGGGAUGAUGCCCAGGAAAUCUUGAAGGGGGCGUAUAAGGAUAUCCAAGAUGUUUUGCAGAAGCGAACGGCCGAGGCGGAGAAGCUGGCUGAGAAGGCGAAGGAGAGUAAAUAG